UUCGCUUCCUCGUUUAUCUCGCCUCACUCCUCUCACAUUCUCUCUCCCUCGCCUUCCUGUCCUCUUCGCGAGGCGCCGACGAAGCCCGGCAGAUGUUGACCCGGCUCCCCAUGCCUCCUCGCCUGGUAGCCCAGUAGUCCCACUCCCGGCAGCUCGAUCCUACCAGGGCGCGGUUCGGCGCUCGGAUCCGGCUGUCUCGUGCCGAGGAGCCGCAGAUCCGAACAAAUCCCAGUCCUUCCCGGUAACCUCUUCCCUCCAGCCGCAGUUCUUUAGCUGCGUAAGAGGUUUCGCUUGCUACCUGAGCUCGCAUUUGUGCAAUAAGGUGCUUUAGGGUUUGUUUUGGGUUUUUUCCUCUUCCCUUCGAUUCACUCGCACAGUCACAAGCGUGCAUAUGCUGGUUGCUCGAACUUCACCUAGCUGCAUCAUUAGACUCCUUGAGUGCUUGUUCUACUGUUUGUGGUUGCUGGCCACUUGCAUGCGAUUAUUGGUGUGUUAGACGCCCAGGAUCAUCAGGAGCUUUGUUGCUGCUGCGGCCAUGGCAUUGCUGUGAGGAAUCUGGAGAAAAGAUGUGGAAACAGUUCCUGACCAAGCUGCCUAGGAAGUCCUCUGCCUAUGGGAAGGCCGAGCACGUCUCGGGCUCCAGUCCAGGAGGCAAUGCUGCCGGGAACGGGAGCACAAUACGGCGCACAAGUAGCUGCCCCAGCACUGGGUCUGCCCGCUCGGCAUCCAGCGUGAAGCGAAUGUCCUCUGCGGUCUUCCCUUCGAGUGUGGUGGCUGGCAUUGAGCCUCUUGUUUCAUUCAAGGAUGUCCCGAACGGGGAGAAGCAGAAUCUGUUUGUCAGCAAGGUGAGCCUGUGCUGUGUUGUCUUUGAUUUCUCAGACCCGAACAAGAAUUUGGCGGAGAAGGAUUUCAAAAGGCAGGCGUUGGUUGAUCUUGUGGAUUAUGUGGAUUCUGCAAGCUCCCGCUUCACAGAGCCAAUGGUUGCUGCUUGCAGUAGGAUGUUUGCCAUCAACUUAUUCAGGGUGUUCCCUCCCAAUUACCGGUCCAGUUCAUCUGGCGGUGGCGAGGGUGAAGAGGAGGAGCCAAUGUUCGACCCUGCAUGGCCCCAUCUGCAGCUCGUGUACGACCUGCUACUGAAAUUUAUUGGUUCCUCAUCUCUGGAUGCAAAGGUAGGAAAGAAGUAUUUUGACCACUCAUUCAUUGUGAAGCUGCUUGAGCUAUUCGAUUCUGAGGACCCAAGAGAAAGGGAUUGCUUGAAAACAAUAUUGCAUCGGAUCUAUGGAAAGUUCAUGGUGCACCGUCCUAUAAUCCGCAAAGCAGUGAGCAAUAUAUUCUACCACUUAGUGUUUGAAACUGAUCGCCAUAACGGUAUUGCUGAACUGUUGGAGGUUUUUGGGAGUGUUAUUAGUGGCUUUGCAUUGCCACUGAAGGAAGAACACAAAAUCUUUCUUUGGAGGAUUCUAAUUCCUUUGCACAAGCCAAAAACAGUUGGUGUGUAUCUGCAGCAGUUAACCUACUGUGUGACCCAGUUUGUAGAGAAGGAACCAGAGCUUGCAAGUUCAGUGAUACUUGGCUUGCUCAGAUACUGGCCGAUAACAAAUAGCCAGAAAGAGGUAAUGUUUCUGAGUGAGAUUGAAGAGGUCCUGGAGGCAACCAACAUGGGCGAAUUCCAGAAAUGCAUGGUUCCGUUGUUCCGACGAAUUGCUCACUGCAUCAACAGUUCCCACUUCCAGGUUUCAGAACGAGCACUCUUCAUGUGGAACAACGAUCACAUCAUUAGCUUGGUUGCACAGAAUCGGCAAGUGCUUGUGCCCAUUGUCACUCCAGCAUUGGAAGAAAAUAUCCACAAUCACUGGAACCUUUCAGUCCUAAAUCUGGCAGCUAAUGUGAAGAAGAUGCUGUCAGAAAUGGACGAGGAGCUCUUUUCAGCCUGUCUUGCCAAGUACAAGGAGGACGAAGAGAAGCGGGUGUCGCUGGAACAGAAGCGGAGAUUAGCCUGGGAGCGGCUAGAAUCCGCGGCGGCUUUCCAGCCUGUGACCGGCAACACAGCCGUCCUGGUGAGUCGCUAGGCAUCAUCAACGAAUUUUGUUGCCAGCGGAGGAGGGACUCUGCUCCUCUUCCUCCUCCCCCUUCUUGGUGAAAUGGGCCAAGUGCUGAACAGCUCGUGGUCACCAGUUUCCCCUUGCUUGUUCAGUUUGUUCGUACCAGUAGUGUCGUGCUGUAAGUUUUAACUAUUGCCGGAUCUCUCCGCCUGUGCUAUGAUAAGAGGCAUGCCUGAUUCUUGCAUCUGUGCCUGUUUUACGAGCAGUGCCCUACAGUUAUUAUAUUCUGCCCGUGCA